GGGGAGAGAACACAGAGGUUAGUUCAUGGUGUACGGAUACGACUGAGAUAUUUAUAAACUUUCUGCACGACUUCCUCAUCUUCCCCGGUUGCUUGAUUAUCGACCGGAGCGAUGGACAAAGAAGAAGAACGGAAACAGCGGCGAUCGAACUGGAGCGAGACAGUGGAGGAUCUCGUCACUGCCGGUGACACUGAUGCUGCAAUUUCUCUUCUCGAAUCGGUGGUUUCCGACCUCCAAACUUCAGAAAACUCUAAUCCAGAUCCUCAAUUGGCCGCCGCUCUCACCGACUUGUCUGCUCUUUACUCUUCUAAAGGUUUCUCUCUUAAAGCCGACGACAUUGUGGCUAAAGCUUUGGUUCUUAAACAGCAUGACCAAGUCUCUUCUCCAGCUGGCUUCGCGAAGAUUGUGAAAGAGGAUCGAACUUCAUCCGCAACUGUUACGCUGUCUUCUCAUAAUUUAGUCGAUGAAGCUUCCGUUGGAACUGGUACUUUGGAUCAUACGAGAAAUUGUCCAGACAAUGCUGUACCCUGUGAUGAUGAUGAUUGGGAAGCUAUUGCAGAUCGCCCACCAAAUGAAUUACUCUCCUUGCAAUGUGAACCUGAUAAGCCUGAAAUUUCAAUAAGAGAGACAACAGACCAAACCACAAUCAGAGAGACAACAGACAAAACCACUAGACGGCGUGGGAGGGGAACAUUUUCAUAUAAGAAACAUGAAUUAUAUAGUGAUAGGCUAUCUGAUUCUUCAACUACCAAUGAUACAAAGGACGAAGAUGCUUCUCAUGAGUUGGAGGUGGGGCGUAAGGAGCUAAAAAGUGGUAAGUCUUCACAUAAGGACGAAGAUGCUUCUCAUGAGUUGGAGGUGGGGCGUAAGGAGCUCAAAAGUGCACAAUAUGGUACUCAACAUGUUCUUGUCCUAGCUGACUUUCCACCGAGUACCAAAACAAUAGAUCUUGAAAGGCUACUUGGAAAUUUCAAGAAUUCUGGAGUUGUCAUUCGCUGGGUCAAUGAUACGGUUGCACUUGCAGUAUUUCCGACACCAUCAACUGCACUUGAAGUUCUCAAUCAUGUUAGAUGCCCUUUCACUAUACGCCUACUUGAUGAAAAUGAUACUCUAUUGAGCUCAAUUCCACCGAGAGAUCUGGAGCCUCCAAAGCAGAGGCCAAAGACAUCGGCUAGAACUGCCCAACGGCUGAUUGCUCAAGGAAUGGGAUUGAAGUUGCCGGCUUCCACCACUGGCUUCGGGUCCAAAGAACUAAGAAAACAGGAAGAAGACAGGAGGAAUCGCAUUGUGUCAAGACAAAAAUUGAGAGAUGAAGCUUGGGGAGAUGAUGAUCCAAGUAAGUGUGAGAUCCCACAUGGAUUGGAGAGGGGAACAAACAUUCCUUAUAAGAAUGUAAAAAGUUCUCUACAGUAAAUGCGAUUUAAAAUCAUGAGGCUGACGAUGACACAUAACGAGCUAAAACAAACAAAUAUCUGCUAGCGGUGGACUUAAACUGUUACCGUAAGUCUCUCUCAUUAAUGAAUUACUUGAACUUUUCUUUCCUUACGAAGAAAAUGCUUAUGAAUCCUCAGUUCCUUUUCCUCUCAUAUUGACCAAAAUUCUUUUGGUUAAAAGACUUUAGAAAAAGAUAAAUGUGAAUGCAAUGAAGCCAAGGAAAAUUUGGUUCAUAAGUAA